GCGCAAACGUUCACCGUUUCCACACGGAACUGUUAUUGUGUGAGACGCAUUGACGCCGCGCUACUGACACUACAUGCGAAUUAUGAUCAGUCCCAAACUUUCGGACAUUCGUCGAUUAUUGGAUAUUUACAGUACUUCGUUUACUUUUUAGAUGAUGAAUUUCUUCCGCAACCGUCUGGUGGUUUUGGGGCUGGUGCUGCUGGCCACAGUGCUGCUGUAUCUGCUGCUGCCCUCCAUGCGGCAGGGGAGCAUGGAGCCGUCUCUGGAGGUGCAGCAGCGGAUGGGGCUGAUCGCCGCCUCUCCUCCGCCGCCGCCGCCGCCGAACAGCGUCAACAUCACGGUCAGGACCGGACAGCUGCCCGGGGACCCGCCGCUCUUCUUCAGGGAGGCUCUGCCUGUGGACAGCGCUGGGCGACAGAUAGUGCCCAGGCUGCAGUUGGUGCUUCUUCAUGGUCAGGCCUUCACCUCUAAAACUUGGGAGGAGUUGGGCACCCUCAGCCUGCUGGCCUCCAAUGGGUACCAGGCCCUCGCUCUCGACCUGCCCGGUUUUGGGAAUUCUCCGGACUCAGAGUCGGUAAAGUCGGAUCAGAGCCGCGUGGACCUGCUGAAGCGUUUUCUGGAGUCUCUGGGUGUGCGAGCACCAGUGUUACUGAGCCCAUCUAUGAGCGGUCAUUACGCCCUGCCGUUCCUCCAGAAACACAGCGCCCAGCUGCACGGCUUUGUGCCCAUCGCCCCCGUGGGCACCCGAGGCAUCACCCCACAGCAGUACCGCGACAUCCAGACUCCUACACUGGUCAUAUAUGGAGAGUUGGACACCAAUCUGGGCGCCCAAUCCCAUAAGAACCUGAUUCAGCUGCCUCAUCACACCGUGGUGAAGUUGGCAGGAGCACGACACGCCUGUUACAUGGACAAACCCCGCGAGUUCCACCGCGCUCUGCUCGACUUCCUCAGCAAACUCGAAUGAGGGACGGAGAGAGUGAGAACGGAUCAAACAAACAUGUGAAAAAGACUUGAAAAUGAUGAACAGGACUGCAGUGUAGCUGUAAAACCAGUCCUGAAACGUAACACACACCUGAACGUUCUAUCAGUCAUCCACAUCUGCUCAUUCCUUAUAAUUUCCCUGCGUGCACCAUCAAGAGAUGAGAUGAUAUAAUACAUCAAACAAUCAAAACUUCUUCAGAGUUACUAUAGUAACGCUUCUUUUCUAGAUUGUAAACAUCCUUUUAUCAGUUUUGACACUGUUGCAUGUAGUGGCCCAUCUGAACAUUGUUAUUUUUUCAGAUGGACAUUCCAGACAUCCAGUCUGAGGAAUGUUCCUGUAACAACACAAUAGCCAUGGUUUCCAGUCUGAGAGUUAUUCGUAGCACUGUUGCCAUGGUUUCCUUUUUGAGAGUUGUUCUGUAACACUGUUGCCAGGGAUGUUCCUGUAACACAAUUGCCAUGGUUUCCAGUCUGAGGGAUGUUCUGUAACGUUGUUGCCAUGGUUUCUGGUCUGACAGAUGUUCCUGUAACACAAUUGCCAUGGUUUCCAGUCUGAGGGUUGUUCUGUAACUCUGUUGCCAUGGUAUCCUUUCUGAGAGUUGUUCUGUAACACUGUUGCCAGGGAUGUUCCUGUAACACAAUUGCCAUGGUUUCCAGUCUGAGGGAUGUUCUGUAACGUUGUUGCCAUGGUUUCUGGUCUGACAGAUGUUCCUGUAAUAUAAUUACAACGGUUUUCUUUCUGAGAGUUGUUCUGUAACGCUGUUGCCAGGGAUGUUCCUGUAACACAAUUACCAUGGUUUCCAGUCUGAGGGUUGUUCUGUAACGAUGUUGCCAUAGUUUCUGGUCUAAGAGUUAUUCCUUAACACUGUUGCCAUGGUCUCCUUUCUGAGAGUUGCUCUGUAACGCUGUUGCCAGGGAUGUUCCUGUAACACAAUUACCAUGGUU